UUUCGAUAGAUUCGAAUUCACUGCGUGUGGCGCGGACCACUUUUAAUAUUUCUUUUUAAGACAAGAGGUAUUUCAUCCAGAUUUAUCAUUAACAUGGAAUUCUCAGAGAACACCACGAAGAAGAGGAUCAAGAAGGAGUCGUUCAUUGACAAAACCAAAGAACCCCAUUUGCUGUUUUAUCGGAUUCCACCAAUUGAGAACAUUUCCCUCAGUGAAUUUGAGGAUCUUGCCAAACGAAGACUGGCAGUUUUGAAGCAUGUCGAGUCUGUUGGUAUCCGGCAUGUCAAAGGAAGUGAGGAGUAUAAUGAAAGAAUGGACAAAGAACUAAAAAAAAUGAUGCCCAUUGCCCACAAGAAGAUGAGCGGGGAAGACUUGGCAGCUCACAAGAGAGAUGAUCGGAUCUCACAUUUCAUCUUGAGGUUGGCUUACUGCAGAUCGGAAGACCUCAGGCGAUGGUUCAUCCAGCAAGAGCUUGAUCUGUUCAGGUAUCGAUUCCUGAGGGAAUACAGUGAAUCCGUCACACAAUUUCUGGCUGAAAACAAACUUCAUUACACCCCAAUCCCCGAGAACGAGAAAGAUGCAUUGAAUGAGAAGUUGGUGAGAUCUUCAGCGGGGAUCAGCGCAUCGAUGAUGGCCCAUACAGACUUCUUCAAGGUCCCCUUCACCGAGGCCCUGGACCUUGUCAGAGGACGAAAGGUCUUCAUUCAGAAGGGAUAUGCCUUUGUACCUCACAGUGAGCUGGUAUCCAUCGUUCUGACUGCCUUCAGGUCUCAUCUAUCACAAAGCCUUGCUAUCACUGCGAGAGGCGUACCGCAUUUGGAGGAAGAUGGCCGCCUCCUUCCCAUGCUCAAUAAUCUAAGCAAGCAGUACUUGGGCCAGGACUACAGUAGCAGUAAGAGGUCUGGGAACUCGGCAAUCAACCUUGAAGACAUAGAUAAGUACUCAAAGCAGUCAUUCCCGCUCUGCAUGCGCCAGCUCCACAUGUCACUCCGGGAACACCACCAUCUCCGCCACGGAGGUAGGAUGCAGUACGGGUUAUUCCUCAAGGGUAUCGGGAUGACCCUGGAACAAGCCAUGACCUUCUGGAGGUCAGAGUUCACUCGCAUCAUGGAGAUGGACAAGUUUGACAAGCAAUAUUCCUACAACAUCCGUCAUAACUAUGGCAAGGAGGGAAAGCGACAGAACUACACACCAUACAGCUGUAUGAAGAUCAUCAUGAGCAGUGCACCAGGACAGGGAGAUUACCACGGUUGUCCAUUCCGUCAUACCGAUGGUGCCUUGUUGAAGCAGAGACUCUCCACCUUUGGACUCACACAGAAUGGUGUCGAGCAGGUCAUGGAGCUGGUCAAAGGCCACCACUAUCAACUGGCUUGUACCAGAUACUUUGAGCUCUCGCACAACGUUCCAGAAGCGGAGUUCCUUCUGAACCAUCCUAACCAAUACUUUGAGGAGAGUUUGAAGGUCAGAGGAGGAGGCACUGGGAGAAAAGAAGGUUUCUCGUCAACUCCAUCCAACCGGAAAGCAGUGUCACGUUACGCUUCCACACCGUCGUCGCAAAACUAUUCUCAGUCGCCAUCAACAGCGCCCUCGCAGGUCCCUGUGAAGAAGGAUGCUGAAGCAGAGUUUGAUGAGAUGGAUAUAUCAUUUGAGGAGGCCGAAGCCCUAGAGAAGGCUCUUCAGGAUGCAACCAACGCUUAAAAAAAUAAGUCACAUUUUAUCGCUGAGGGGGUAAAAUCUCAAAACUUAAAAGGAAAUUGAGGACAGCUUGAACACUUUGGCCUGAAUUCACAAAGGUGGUUUUGAAAACCAAUGGUUGAAUCCAUGGUUUAUGCAGAUUUCCUGUAUGAAUUACGCUUAUUAUAGCGCGUAUCGGCGUGUAUAUAAACAAUUUCCAAUGCUGAUGCACGCUUUUGUCACAUUGCGCCAAAUCG